UGCGGUCGAAUUAGCCCAAAAAUUGCUAGGUAAAAUUUUGGUGCGAAAAAUUAACGACCGCAUUAUUAAAGUUAAAAUUGUGGAAACUGAAGCCUAUAUUGGGAAGAUUGACCGAGCCUGUCAUGCACACGUGGAAAAUAGGUCAAGAUGGAAAUCAGCAGCCUUAAGUAAUCGUGGUGGAUGUGCCUAUGUUUAUCUCAUUUAUAGCAUGUAUCACUGUUUCAAUAUUGCCUCCUCGGUUAAAGGUGACCCCCAAGGAGUAUUAAUUCGUGCCGCCGAACCGCUCAACCACCAUACUGUUCCAGUUGUUUCUCGUCAUGACAAAAGAAAAAAAUACCGCUACACUACUAACGGGCCAGGAAAAUUAUGUCGGGUUUUAGACAUUGACAUUAGUCUUAACAAUACAGAUUUAACCACAAGCGAUUUAAUUUAUUUAGAAGAUGCUCCAGAAAUUAAGGCUGAGGAAAUUAUGGUUACUAAACGGGUUAAUAUUGAUUACGCAGGCGAAGAUAAAAACCGUUUGUGA